UUUAUCGAUUGCUGUCAAAAGUGCGUCUUUUUCAAUCAAAGCAAACGAAAAGGUUUACGAUAUUUUAUUAUUUUAGAUUAAUAGUUUUAUUAGUUUGAAAUAAGUGAAUAUAUUAUAUUCAAACCAUUAAUAUGUCGUCAGGUCAUCAGAGCGCAUAUUUUGGGCAAGACGAAAUUGAUGGCCUAAAUUCGGACGAUUCGGGGGCGGAGCACCUGCACAAACCCGGAGUUCCACUGCGCGAACAGGAUCGAUUUCUCCCGAUAGCCAACAUUACCAAAAUCAUGAAAAAAGGCAUUCCAUCCAACGGGAAGAUAGCAAAGGACGCCCGGGAAUGUGUCCAGGAGUGCGUUUCGGAGUUCAUAUCGUUUAUCACUUCGGAGGCCAGCGAAAGGUGCCACAUGGAAAAGCGGAAAACUAUAAACGGCGAGGACAUCCUGUGCGCAAUGUAUACGCUGGGGUUCGAUAACUAUUGCGAACCUUUGAAGCUGUAUCUUUCCAAAUAUCGAGAUAGCAUCAAAGCGGAGAGGUCCAGUCCCGAACAAACGCCGGAACAUCAACAGCAAUACGAAACCAUCGAUCAGGACUUUCGUUCUAUUCAACCGUCAAAUUCAAAUGUGUCUGUGUCCGGGAACGUCAUAUAUCAAGGAUCGGAUGGAGGUUAUUACUUGAAAAGUGAUAAUUUUUAAGCUAUCUAGAUAUAAAACCUAAGGUAAGUUUUUUUCUCUAACGAUAAUGACUAGUAUAUGAUUUGCUUGAAA